ACACAGACACACACAGACGCACACACCGGCAUGACCAGGACUCAUUCAGCACCACCAGCAGACGGCGAUAACAGCGCUUUGCCUCGGCAAUUUCACGUCAUUAUAUGGCUAUCCAUCCUCAGGGGCUUCUCCUCUUAAGACCAACAGUUUUUUUUUAACAGAUCUCUUUCACAUCAUCUUCUGCGUUGAGUGUGUGUAAUUUCUCUCCCUGACACCUACUAUUAUUACAUACCUUAAUUACAUACCAAGCGGGAGAGGGUGAGUUAGAGAGAGACGCUGUGCAAAAUGGAUUUUGAGGCGUUGGUUGAGCAUCAAGUCGACUCAGAGUGAAUUGGUUUGUCGACUGAAGUUCACUUCCAGUGUAUGAAAAUGCAGUUGGGCCCAGACCUUCAGCACGCUCUGUGAAACACAGUGCACAAAUAUAUGGAGAGAAAGUAGAGGGUUAAAGAAAAAAAACGCUUUACCCAAACUUUUAAUGAAGGUUGGGAAUUUAAGCACUCUUUUAAAUGGAAGCUGUGCUUUGAAGUGAUUUUUUUAAAAAUUCAGCAACCUUACCGAAUAGGAAAAAAAAGUAUGCUGAGACGUUUGACUCAUCGUGAUCACAGACUGCACCCACCUUUUGGCCGCUCCAUCACUGCUAACAAAUCUUAGUUAUUUUUGUUUCGCUGAAGUCUCUGGGAGCGUGUUUGGAAAUUUCAAAUGCCUUGUGCUAUUUGUGGGAUUGACCCUCUUUUUCUGCCUCCUCCUUCGCCUCCUCCUCCUCCGGUGUGUUCUUCCUCUAUGGUCCUCUAGUCACCUGACCAAACGCCAUGCAAAUCAUUGUGCUGCUAGAGCCUCAUUGGCCGCUUGUGGCUCAUUUAACCGCUGUCAGUGCGCAUCAUAUGGCCGCCGCUUUAACCAACUUCUCAACUCCGACAGGGAAAGUGGCUCAAAUGCGCAUUCUAUCACAGUGGAUGUGAACCAACCCAGGCGAAGACAGGGUGAAAUUCUGGUUGGAGAACAUUUUACAUCACUUUUCGGAUUAAUUUUCAUCUCGCAUUUGAACCGUUUGGGGUUAGAAUAUUAAUUUUGUAACCCAGUCAUCCUGUGCGCACCCGAUCUUGUGCGCGCCUGACGUAUCUUGAAAUAGACUUUUUCUCUGUUGGUGGCGAAGUUUAAAACCGGGUGAAUGUAUAGCAUGAUGAUGGAAACUGACCUCCAUUCCCCCGGUCCCCAGACGAACACGACCACGGGGCAAACGGGACCGAACAGCGCGUCCAAAGCGAAUCAGGAGCGGGUGAAGAGACCGAUGAACGCGUUCAUGGUGUGGUCCCGUGGACAGCGGAGAAAGAUGGCACAGGAGAACCCCAAAAUGCACAACUCUGAGAUCAGCAAACGGCUGGGAGCCGAGUGGAAGGUGAUGUCCGAGGCUGAGAAGCGCCCUUUCAUCGACGAGGCGAAACGGUUGCGAGCCAUGCACAUGAAGGAGCAUCCGGAUUACAAGUACCGACCAAGACGGAAGACCAAGACGCUGCUGAAAAAGGACAAAUAUUCCCUUGCCGGUGGACUGCUUUCUGGGCCCAGUGGAGGCGGUGGAGUUGGUUUAGGGGUCGGAAUGAGUUCAUCCGGGGUCGGGCAGAGGUUAGAGAGCCCCGGGGCUCACGGAGGCUCUGCCAGCUCCGGCUACGCGCACAUGAACGGCUGGGCGAACGGUGCGUACUCGGGGCAGGUUGCUGCAGCCGCGGCGGCAGCGGCGAUGAUGCAGGAGGCUCAGCUAGCCUACAGCCAGCACCCGGGGAGCGGUGCGCACCACCACCACCACUCACACCACCAUCACACACACAACCCCCAACCAAUGCACCGCUACGACAUGACAGCCCUGCAGUACAGCCCCAUCUCAAACUCUCAGAGCUACAUGAACGCUUCUCCAUCCGGCUACGGCGGGAUCACCUACACACAGCACCAGGGCUCCGGCGUCUCCUCCUCAGCUGCCAUGGGGACGUUAGGGUCGCUGGUGAAGUCGGAGCCGAGUGUAAGCCCUCCCGUCAGCAGCACACACUCACGGGGUCCUUGCCCCGGAGACUUGAGAGAGAUGAUAAGCAUGUAUUUACCGACCGGAGAGCCGGGGGACCCGUCAAUGCAAAGUAGACUCCAUGCCUUGCCGCAGCAUUACCAGAGCGCCACGGCUGGAGUGAACGGGACGGUCCCUCUAACACACAUUUAGAACUCACAGAAUAAUUGAAAACUGCAAACGAACACAUAACCAAAUAUUUACCUCUUUUCUAAAUAACCCCGGUCCCGAGAACUACCUGCAUUUUGUACAGAAUGUUUAUGAUAUUGUAAAUGAAGGGUAAAUAGCAUAUUCAUCUCGGCUUUUUGAAUAGCCACCAGUGGAAUUAUAUAACGAAUAUGAUGCUGAGAUAUUGGUUAUUGUGCUAUCAUUUUUUUUUUGUCCAUUACUUCACAGUCUUAGUUGAGGGUUACGCCUGGUUCACAUGGGGGAUAUUUGGUUCAAUUGUCUUAUAAUUUGAGGGGUUCUGUAAGUUAUUGAAAAUGAGAUAACGUGUCAUAAUCUUAAGAAAGUGCUUUAAAAGAUAUGGUAAACUCACGUUCUUUAAACAUUUGUGUUCAUUUGCAGAAGCCUGUGUCUUAAUUCUUGGAAAUCAUUUCUUUUUAUUGUAACACUAAUUAUUGUAAAUUGUGAAUAAUUUUAAUAUUUCAAAGGAUGACGGGCAACUGCUAUUGUAAUUUAAGUGCUUUUCUGCGAGCGAAAAGCCCUGAUAUUGCAAUGAAGAAAAAUUUGAAUAAAUUUCUCAAGAUGUUG